AUCGUGAUAUCGCUUUUAAUUGUGAGAGGAGGUAGAAUCAUCGUAAUCGUGAUCGAGUACACAGAUCGAGGAUAGAAGGAAGGUUUGGAAAGGGAGUCGGUGGAUCAAGUGCCUUUUUCUUUCUGUUUCGCGGGGAUACCGUUGGUCCCGCCCCUCUGGGCGGCUCCUGGCACCCGGAAGUAUCCUCGGCCCGAAUACUGACGGACCUGUCCUCGCAGUACGAGCUCCCAUCGCCGCAACCAGGAUGUUUUUGUCCUCGAGAGCUUUCCCGCCGAUUCUCUUCGCGGCGCUCUUCCUCUGCAUCGGACUGGCACACGGUAUCAGAUGUUACAAAUGCGGACAGUACAACGAGGGAGUCGGCAGCAUCACGCCGUGCAUCAAUUACACCGCUCACAUGCAUCUGAAGGAAUGUCCACCCUCGGCCAAAUGGUGCAUCAAAUAUGUCAGCGAAGGGUCGAUAGUUCGAGACUGCGUGCCAACGUGUGUGGAAAAGGAGGCCUGGAGCACGAUGACGUAUUGUUGCCAGCAGGACGGUUGCAACUCGGCCCCAUCGUUCGUGUCCAGCAACAGCCUCGCGAUCGUCGCGAUCACGAUGGUGCUCCUCCUUGUGCUUCGUGGCUAAUACGUCGUUUCCAGCGACCAGGUGACCGCGAAUGGAAGCUACGGGAUCCCUUCGACAUCACCGCGCUAACCAUCGAUUAUUGUCCUGGCCUUUAUCUUGCUGAUUGGACGCUGACCAGUCGAUAGUUGUCGAACAAUUUUGAUCGAAUAUCUAUGAAAUUUUCAUCCUUCAAUCGAUCUUCCAUACGCUCCAUCAUUCUCAUUGAUUCUUUGGUUUGAAUAAUUCUUUUUGGUUUGAUGAAAAAGUAUGUGAUUCUCAUCGAUUUCUAUAUUUUCUUUUUAUUUACCUUUUUAUUAUUCUUUUAUUUGCAUCGACGUUUAUAUUUCUCUUCUUUUUUUUCUGGGUUAAUGAAGAAGCCAUUUGCGAUUCUAUUCUUCUUGUGAAACGGGUAUAAAUUAAACGGGAAGUUUAAUCGGUGAUUCAAGUUUCUUAAUUUCACUUUAGUUUCCAGCGAAACGCUCUCUGGAGAAUUUUAUUCGAUUUAAUUUUUGUGUAAAGAAAUUCCGUUCUAUAUUCGUAUAGGAAAGUUUCUUAAGUUGUUUAACUCGUUUCCCCUCUCUCGUUAAAUGUAAAACAUUUGAGGAAAUUAGGAACAUCCGUGAGAAAGGUUGAGCUCCUGAUAAAAUUCAAUCUUUGUUCUUCGAGAGAUAAAAAUAUUCAUUCCUUUUCUCGAUUGAAAUAUUUUUUCAAUUGGAUAAUUUAAAUUUUGUACAAAUAUAUUCUAUUAACUUUUUCCAAUUUUUUUUUUUUAUCUAAAGAAAACAAUUUUUCUAUGAUAAUUUUUCUAUCAACUUUACACUUUGAACAAUCUCAUGAUUCCAUGAAAGACUUUCUUAUGGAUUCUUUUUAUGACAUUUCAUACAUUCGAAGAAGAUCGAAUUCUUUUCACAGUUGAAUUUCCAUCGGUCAGCUUCCUUUUAUUCGAAGCUGACACUCGCCUCUUGAGCGACCCUCGAAUUCGAUUUAUUCGAGAACUGGUUCACCGAUUCUUCCACCUCUUUUCUUCAGUUCAUACCACUGCAUGCAGCCAUGAGUGCUCGGUCUAACAAGAGCUGGAAAAGGGGGAUUCUCGAUGACACGUUCUCCAGUCACGCUUCGAACAGAGACGAAAUGGAAUUCUUCGAGGCUUGAAAAAUGUUAUUUCGAUGAUUCAUUCGUAUUACUUUCCGUAUAUAAUCUUUUAUCAUAUAUAUUUAAUUUCUUGUGUAUCGAUUUAAUCCGAAGAAAUUUCUCAUAAUGGACGCAUUACGAUAUUAUAUGAUCCUGAAAAUUAUAUUUGGAUUAUUAUUUUAUAAUAAUAAUUAAUAAUUAAUUGAAUAUUCAUUAAGUCUAAAUAUUAAUUCAAUUGAUUAAUUCAAUUGAUUAGAUUCAUCGAAUGUUGAUAUGAAAUAAUUGUUAUAAUUUUUCGUUAUUCUUUGUUAUAUGUAAUUUGAAAAGAUUGAAAUUUAUUUAUUCAAUGAUACCAUUAGAUUAAUCUGUCUACUCACCAUAUACUUUAUUUCUUUUUGCGUUUUGGUUUUGCUUCAGAAACCUCUCAGCUUCAUUCACAAUGAUCGAUUUUCGAUUCCUUCUCCCUCCUUCUAUCGGUUUCCCAUUUAGUUCUUCGACUUUUUCCAUCCCAUUUUCCCAAGUUUAUUCUCCUCUAUUUUCCUUCCAUGACAACAUUUGCCACAUAUUGCAUUGGAUCUCUCUUCAAAAUACUUCAAAACUUAUUCCUGUAAUAUUCAAACACAACAAAAAAAAAUAAAAACGUGUAUUAUAAUUCUAAUAUAUUUUCGAAAAGAAUCGAAGAAAAAUAUAAAAUAUAAAAUGAGAGAAAAAAAAAAGAGAAAUAGACAACUAUCGAUUCAUUAUCAAUUCCAAUUGAGCAAGAAUUGGCCACCGCGAUCGCGAGAAAUAGAAAAAAAAAAUUGGACCACAAAAAACCCGUGAUAGCGGACGAGAUAAAAGCGGAAGUACGGUGUAAAGCGUGCGAAAAGAGAAGGAUUUCUCGAUGGCUCGAUUAUUCGUGGUCAAUUCGAUAUAUUUCUAGUUCGUAAGAUUCGUUCAUGAAGGAGAAAAGAGGAAGGCAAAAAAAAAAAAAGAAAAAAGAAUAAGGUAGUAAUUUGGAAGAAAUGGUAAAAGAGAAAAAAAAAAGAAAAAAAAAAAUGGAAGAGAAAAAAUGAAACCCGCGUGGAUAUACAAAUAUAUAUAUAUAUAUAUUAUGUAACCUACAUACAGACAACAGUUUAAUGAGGAACAGUGAGGAUAAUAAUGAUAACGUUAUUAUUAUUAUGAUUACUAUUAUUACUAUUAUUAUUAUUGAUUAUUAUUAUUAUGAAUUAUUAUUAUUACUAUAUUGCUACUAAUUACUACUAUUACCAUUAACUAUUAUCAUUACUAAAAGAUUAACGACACUAAACUGGAAGUAUUACACCGAUUAUACAUAAACUUAAUUAUACAUAUAUAUACAUAAAUAUAUAUAUAUAUAUUUAUAUAUAUACAGGAAUAUAUAUAUAAACAUAUAUGUAUAAAUAUAUAUAUAUAUAUUAUAAAUAUAUAUAUAGUAGCGAUAAAAGAUCGAUAGGCGUCGAAAUCGAAUGGAGAGUUUGUCGAUUAUUAUUACUACCGUAUUGUAACCGCUUGAAGUAGCCUUAAUAAUUGUAAUUAACGAACGCACGCGUGAGAUAUUAAAAAAAAAAAACUGCGUAUAUCUUAUUGGUUGAUGUGAGGAGACUACGUAUUACCUCGUUUUAAUCUUGUUUUUUAAAUAUUCAUUUUUUUCUUCCUCUUCUUUUUCAAUGAUUAAAAAUAUUGAAAGAAGUCAUCAAGCAGAAUUAUAAACACUUCUACGAAGAAUUUUAUUAAAUAACAAUUUUUCUCUUGCACGGUUUUCUAUUUCAUACUGCUCGUAUUGGUCAAUUAAAAAUCAUUCGUCUUAGUCAAUUACCACGAGUAGAAAUUUACACGAGUUGAAUUGCUACGAGAGAUAAAUUUAAAUCGGACUUUUUAAUCAAAAUAAAUAAUUUUCCCAACUUUUUCUGGUUCAUGAAUUUUUCUCUUUUCUUCUUGUUUCUCCUUCGCUAAAUCAAAUAAUGGAAAACAAGAAUUAAAUAUUUAUUAAACUUAAUUUUUAACAUUUUCGAUUUUAGACAAAUAAUCGAGAUCAAAACGAGAACAUUCGUUCUCUCCUCAGGUUAACCAACAUCUGAAAUUCCUAAAUUGUAGAAUGAUUCAUCCUAGCCGGUAAGCGAGUCACAAAUAGUAGAGAUGAUAAUCUACUUUACCUGUUUCACGAAUGAAAGCAAUGAAAAUAAAAAAAAAAAAAAAAAAAAAAAAAAAAA